AUUCCCUAGCACGCCUCCUCCCUGGCGAAACCCGGCACCGGCAGCCGUUUUCGAGACGAGAGACCAGCUGGGUUCCUGGCCUUUCUCUCCCACCAGGUCCUAGUCCACCGCUCCCGGCGCCGGCUCCCCGCCUCUCUAGCCAUGUACCCACGGCGAACCCGGGCGGCUCCCGAGGACAGGCUCCGGGGCUGCGCUGUGCCCAGCACCAUGCUCCUGCUGUUCGCCUACCUGGCUUACCUGGCGCUGGGCACCGGCGUGUUCUGGACGCUGGAGGGCCGCGCGGAGCAGGACUCCAGCCGCAGCUUCCAGCGCGACAAGUGGGAGCUGUUGCAGAACUUCACGUGUCUAGACCGCCCGGCGCUGGACUCGCUGAUCCGGGACGUCAUCCAAGCGUACAAAAACGGGGCCAGCCUCCUCAGCAACACCACCAGCAUGGGGCGCUGGGAGCUCCUGGGCUCCUUCUUCUUUUCUGUGUCCACCAUCACCACCAUUGGUUAUGGCAACCUGAGCCCCAACACGAUGGCUGCCCGCCUCUUCUGCAUCUUCUUUGCCCUUGUGGGGAUCCCGUUCAACCUCGUGGUGCUCAACCGACUGGGGCAUCUCAUGCAGCAGGGAGUAAACCACUGCUCCAGCAGGCUGGGGGGCACCUGGCAGGACCCGGGCAAGGCACGGUGGCUGGCGGGCUCUGGCGCCCUUCUCUCGGGCCUCCUGCUCUUCCUGCUGCUGCCACCCCUGCUGUUCUCCCACAUGGAGGGCUGGAGCUACAUGGAGGGCUUCUACUUCGCCUUCAUUACCCUCAGCACCGUGGGCUUUGGCGACUACGUUAUUGGGAUGAACCCCUCCCGGAGGUACCCACUGUGGUACAAGAACAUGGUGUCCCUGUGGAUCCUCUUUGGGAUGGCAUGGCUGGCCUUGAUCAUCAAACUCAUCCUCUCCCAGCUGGAGACUCCAGGGAGGGUAUGUUCCUGCUACCACCACAGCUCCAAGGAAGACUUCAAGUCCCAAAGCUGGAGACAGGGCCCCGACCAGGAGCCAGAGUCCCACUCCCCACAGCAAGAAUGCUAUCCAGAGGGACCUAUGGGAAUCAUACAGCAUCUGGAACCUUCUGCUCAGGCUGCAGGCUGUUGCAAGGACAGCUAGUUAUACUCCAUUCUUUGUAUGGUCAUCCUCCUCAGUAGCAAGACCCCUGAUUUUAGGCUUGGCACAUGUCCACCCAAACUAAAGACUACAUUUUCCAUCCACCCUUGAGGCUAGGUGCAGCUAUAUGAUUAAUUCUGCCCAAUAGGAUAUACAGAGACAUGUCCUGGGUGACAUGGGAUGUGACUUUCAGGUGGGGGGAGGCAUGCCCUUCUUCCCCACUUCCUUACUUUAGCUGGCUGCAAUGCCAAUAUGGUGGCUGGAGCUCUGGCAGCCAUACAGCACCAUGAAGUAGAGGCAAUGUUUGAGAUUGGUGGCACAAUAAGAUAGGAAGAGUCUGUAUCACUGAUGAUCACAGAGCCAUCCUAACGAACCUGGACGGAAUAUCACCCGACCUCCUUUAUGUGAGAGAGAAGUAAACAUCUUAUAUAAAACACCA